AUGCUGAUAACAAUGGGAGAUAAAAGUCUCUAUUCCAAAUUAAUGGUGGACGUAGUCAUUGGACCUACACUAGACAAGUUGGAGAAGAGGGAUAUAUCUUCAGCACAGACUUUACGGAGAGCUAUCACAAAGGCCGAGGCAACUAUACCAGGUUUGACUUAUGACCUAGUCAAAGGGUUGCUAAAGAAAGGGGAGGUUGCAGAUAGACUGGACAUUUGUGAAACACUGCUGCGUCUGGGAGGUGUCACUGAUUCCGAAGAGCUUCGGAUUCCUCGAUCAGAGCCUUCAUUCAAGACUUUAUACAGAUGUGCCUGUGAUCUCAAACAAAUCCUUGGGAGAAUUCCAGAUCAGAUUUAUGAUAGGAAACAAUUUCUGGAAACUAUCAAGGAAAUUGCCAGUUCCAUCAAAAUUUUGUUGGAUGCAGUCAAUCAGGUUAUAGCUGAAAUACCUCCAGGUGACAGUGGCAGCAAGCAUAUACUUGAAGACAGAAAAAAGGAGUUUGUCAGAUUUUCCAAGAAGUUUAGCAACACAUUGAAAGAGUACUUCAGGGAUACAAGCCAGAAUCAGAAUGUGUUUUUGAGUGCCAACUAUUUGAUCCAUCAGACAAACCUUAUACUGAAAACAGUCAAACAAGAGUGCUGCUAA